CGAGAGGGCAUCGGCAACGUGGUUGCUUUUGCCGGGGGUGUGGCAAAUGGUGAAUGUGAACUGGGCAAGGAAGUCUAGCCAGCGGGCUUGGCGUGGAGUGAUAUCUUUCUUGGAGAGGAUGGAGGAGACAUCGUCCUUGUGGCGGAGACAAUAUGGCCGAGGUAUUCGAGCUCGAAGUGGCAAACGCACAUUUGCUGAGCUUAGCGUAAAAUUUUUGCUCUCGGAGGAUCGCGAGGACUUGGCGGAGGUGCUGAAGGUGGGACUCAAAGGUGGGGCUGAAGACAAGGAUAUCAUCAAGGUAGACAACGACACAGACUUCGAGGAGGUUGCGGAAGAUGUGGUUCAUGGUGGAUUCGAAGGUAGCGGGGGCAUUGGUGAGUCCGAAUGGCAUCACGAGGAACUCGUAGUUCCCGAACCGAGAGCGGAAGGCGGUCUUGUGAGUGUCCUCCUCGCGGAUACGGAUCUGGUGGAAGCCACUACGAAGGUCGAUCUUGCUAAAAUACUUGGCUCCACGGAGACGAUCAAGGAGCUCGGAAAUCCGAGAGUAGUGCCGGCCAGUAGGGUGUGGGAGGAUCCGGAGAUACAGGGUCAUCCGCACAGGACUCCGGACAUGUCCGGAUUAUCCGGAAAUUCCCGGAAAUCCGGACUACCGGAUCAAGCUGGGAAAUGCGAAAUGCGGCGUCCGGCUCUCGGACAACAACUACAAGCAAAAGAUAAUAUUAUUGCAGGGAUGGAAAAAACUGUUGAGAAAUUGCAAAAUGAGAAAAAGGAGCUGGAAGCACAGAAAGAUAAGCUGGAAGAGGGAUGGAAUCGUACAUGCCAACAGUUGGAGCACCAUCAAAAGCGCUACAGAAAGCUCAGCAUCUUGCACAUGAGGCUCAUGGACAGGUUCUUUAAAGCACUAAGCGGGAGGGCACCAUCUCAGGCAUCCAGGUCGCCAUCACCUACUCAAUCACUUCCACCCAAAGCUGCACACUCCGAGGUUGGUGAGGAUGGCAAGAGCCCUUGGGAGGCAUAUGUUGGGAAAUUGACACAGCCCAUCUUAAGCGAUAUUGAAGUUGCCGAGUGUCGUAGAAUCACCAAAAAAACUGUUGCCAAUAUCUAUAGGCAGUGGCUUGAGAGACUGCCAAGGAGAAAUCCUUACCAUAUCUACGGAAAAGGUCACCUGGGGGAGACCAUUUAUGACGCCUGUGGACAGUACUUCUUCCAGGAGCACGGUCCCGAUGAGAAGAAGGUCAAUCAUGAAUUCAACAAAUUCCUCUCUCAGAUUCCGAUGUUUGUUGAUGACCCAAAGGUUUCAAUGUUCGGUCAGCUUUGCGGCCUGGUGGAGCCGGUCCUUGGAAACAGUGUUUACGCUUGGCUUUUGGAUGUCCUGGACUGUUCAAGACAGAUUUUAGGACAGGGAAACUGGGAAAAUAUUUUCAGGCAAUGGGAAAAGGUAGGUGAUACUCAGAAGUACAGGUGCCCACAAACUCUGGAUUAACUGCGGCUAUCAGAACACCCAAACGCAAUUC